UAAAGUGUCACUGUCAUAAAACUAUUCAGUUCAUCAGUUGAACUUUGAAGUUCGUGAUCUUAACAGUGUUGUUAUUUGCAAAAAACUUACAUUUGUUCUAAGUGCUUAUUAAUCCAAAAUGCCUCGUCGAGGACGAUCUGCUAGCCCACCUCCGGCUCCACAGCGACGAGCUGCGCCACGUUCAAGCAAUGUCCCAGCUCGUGCUCCUCCCUCAACGCCGGCUCCGGUUGCUGCUGGUCAGCCUCAGCAGCCUUCUCUCUUCGGCCAAAUGGCAGCUACUGCUGGAGGUGUUGCAGUAGGAUCUGCAGUGGGUCAUAUGGCUGGUAGUGCAUUAACUGGUGUAUUCAGUGGCGGAAGCAGCAAUGAACCUGCUCAGCAGGAACAAGCUCAAUCUGCCCAGACUACAUACAACCAGGUCCAAGGACAGACCCCACAGGGUCCCUGUGCUUGGGAAAUCAAACAGUUCAUUGAAUGUGCUCAACAGCAACACGAUCUUACCCUCUGUGAAGGCUUCAAUGAAGCUUUGCGUCAAUGCAAAGUCAACAAUCGUAUUUAAUUAAAUAAUUGUGAUGCUUCAUUAUUAAAAGUAAUAAAUAUGAUUUUUGUUUUUCAAAAA